GCCACAUUAAUAACGGAGACUUGCCCUGUGCAUGGACCAUGACGCGUGUGUGCGUCCCUUCGCAUCUUCAUCAUAGGCAACUUCAAAACUGACCAGUCAUAUUCGCCAAUUACAAUAUCUCGCUCUCCAGGCCAGCCUGGCUUCUGGACUGCCCUUCUUAAUAGGGCUAUUUGAAAGGAGUUGUAUUGAUAUUGAUUGUAUUCUCAUACUGGCAAAAUGUAGCAAUGGAUGACCUCAAACUAACACCGAGCAAUUCUAAAGCUCGCGACCCUCCUAGGUUAUUCCUCCAUCCCUCUCCAACAACAUCACAUGUAUCGCUCUCGGGAAUGGUCGCUGCUAGCCCGGCAGUUCCGCCUGCUGUUGCCUCAAUUUCGAACACACGAGAAAAUGCUAGCGGCGCAUCUAUCCAGCAGUCCCAAGCUACCCACUCGCUUGCGCGAACAGGUUCGUUGUUAAAUACACGAAACCGCGCGCCUGUCGGCCGACUCCAUACUGCAGACUCUACCCGCACUGCUGAUAGAACCGAUGCCUUGUGGGCUGAAAUGCAAGCGACUCUAGAAGAGGUCGAGCUGUCGGCAAGCGGAGGUACUCACGUUUUCGGACCGGAGCAUGACCGCAAGCUCGCCGAGUUACGUGCGGCCCAAAUUAAGCUAGCCCAAGCAUGGGCAAGAAGCGAGGCUGACGACUCAAUCGAACCGACGGCUGCGAACGAGGUGCUAAACCUUAAAGGAGCUUUAGGUGAGAUUGGCGUAUCUGCUACUGGGGUAGCCCUUGGUCCUACGAUAUCCUCAAGCGUCGGGAAGGCGGCGGUAGAAGGUACAGAAGGAGGAAAAAGCACAGUUGGUACAGGCAGCGCACGACCUGGAAGUAGUGGGACUGGCCGCGAGCGGUUAGGCGCUAAGCUCGAAGAAGAAACGGAGAAGGAUAUCCUUCUAGCAAGAAAUAGGAGAGAGGCGAACGAUCGCUACUUUUCAAAGAUAGACCAAGGAGUUAGGGACGUUGUCGAGAAAUUAGAAGAAGUGGCUAUCGCCAUGAGAGCUGUCGAGGAGGAAACGCGUAACAUCUGGGGCGACAGCGCUAUACCAGAUAAUGUAAGGGUUUAAGGAGGACAUCCUGGAAUUAUGCAUAUACAUUACGAAGAUCAGAUGCCCUUACGCAUUGGUCUAGUAUAGGUAUUGGGACAUAACGAUAUUCGAUGAUGGUUUCACUCAUGCAUAUACAAUCGG